AAAUUUUAUAAUGGUAUCAUUCUUUCUUAUAAUUGCGUCGUUUGUGGCAUAGAAAACGCUUUCAUUUACGGCUUUUGAUUGGAGUUAAAUUUUACAACUUACUAUUUUUUUAUGUUUGAGUAAUUAUUAUUAAUAGUAGAGCGUCAUUAAAAGAAGGGAGAAAGUAAGAAAAAAUUGAAUAUGGGUCGCUAUAGAAGUCGUAGUCGUGAUAGAGAUAGGAGACGUAGAUCUCGUAGCAGAUCUCGUAGUAGAUCACCAAGAGAUAGAAGAAAUUGGGGUAGCAGUGGAGGCAGAGAUCGAGGUGGUGGUAGAAAUAGCCGUGGGCAACCUGGAGCAAAUUUAAGAAAACCUAGAUGGGAUUUAAGUCGAUUAGAACCUUUUAAAAAAGAUUUUUAUGUACCACAUGAAGCAGUUCAAAACCGUGAUCCACGCAUAGUUGAACAAUACAGAAGUGAAAAAGAAAUUACCCUUAAGGGAAAAAAUAUACCUAAUCCUGUAUUUACAUUUGAAGAAACAGGUUUUCCAGACUAUGUUCUGAAAGAAAUUAAACGACAAGGUUUUACAGAACCUACAUCAAUACAAGCACAGGGUUGGCCAAUUGCUUUAAGUGGAAGAGAUAUGGUAGGAAUUGCAUCAACUGGUUCUGGAAAAACACUGUCUUAUAUACUUCCUGCAAUUGUUCAUAUUAAUAGUCAACCUAAAUUAGGUCGAAAAGAUGGACCUAUUGCUUUAGUUUUAGCUCCAACACGAGAGCUUGCACAACAAAUUCAGCAAGUUGCUGAUGAUUUUGGUCAUUCCUCUGGCAUUAGAAAUACAUGUUUAUAUGGUGGAGCACCAAAAGGUGCACAAGCUAGAGAUUUAGAUGGUGGUGUAGAGAUUGUUAUAGCUACACCUGGUAGACUGUUAGAUUUUCUUGAAUCAGGACGUACAAAUUUAAAAAGAUGUACCUAUUUAGUAUUAGAUGAAGCAGAUAGAAUGUUAGAUAUGGGAUUUGAGCCUCAAAUUAGAAAAAUCAUAGAACAAAUUAGGCCAGAUAGACAGACAUUAAUGUGGUCUGCUACAUGGCCUAAAGAAGUAAAAAAUUUAGCUGAAGAUUUUCUAAAAGAUUAUGCUCAAAUCAAUGUUGGAUCUCUACAAUUAGCUGCAAAUCAUAAUAUAUUACAAAUCAUUGAUGUAUGUCAAGACUAUGAAAAAGAAAAUAAAUUGAGUACUCUUUUAAAAGAAAUAAUGGCAGAAAGUGAAAAUAAAACUAUUGUAUUUAUUGAAACAAAGCGCAGAGUAGAUGAAAUCACAAGAAAAAUGAAGAGGGAUGGCUGGCCAGCUGUUUGUAUACAUGGUGAUAAGACACAACAAGAAAGAGAUUGGGUUUUACAAGAUUUUAGAUCGGGAAAAGCGCCAAUUCUUGUCGCAACAGAUGUUGCUGCUCGUGGACUUGAGGCACAUUGCGCGCAGACCCACGCCGGGUAAUGCAAAGCAAAUUGGGGGUGCCCGCCGCCUGUUUGUUCGGUGGUGCACUAGUUUGCAUUGUCUGCGCUGGCUGCGACGCGUGCCUCUAUACGUCAAUUACGUGAAGGGCCAGUCCGGGCCAAAUCGGGAUCUACUUUACCUUCUACAUACUGGAUAUCAGUUCUACGCUACGCUGUACGCCAUCUGGGCUGGCCAAGUCGUUGUUGCCAGAAUAGAAUCCCCUGCGCUGGCCGCUCAAGCUAAUCAGACCCAACAACGGUCCAAUGAGGCGGUGGCAUGGUAGCUGAUGCCAGAGCCUCUAAGUGUGCCCUGUAGCAACAGAAUGGCGGAGGCUGUAGCUGGAGCGAGCGCAAACAGCCAGGCCCUGCCCGUACGUUGCUAGCGACACUCACCCACUGCCUAAUUUUAGUAUAACAGUAAUUUUAAAUUAAUCGCUAUAUAUAUAUAUAUAACUGUAUAUAUCAAUAAUUACAGUUUCUAUAUAUAAUAAUUCAGUCAAUAAUUAUACUUUCACCCAGAAAAAGAGCAAUUUGACUGUAUAGCAUUUUUCUUUGAUAAAGACUAAGAUAGUUUUUGAUUAAAGAAAUUUCAUUCGAUAGUGAAAUAUUGUACAAUUAUUAAUUUAGAAGAUGUAAUUAAAUAUUGAUCAUAAUUAUAAUAAUCAUAAAUCAAAAAUUAAUUAUAUUUAUUUAUUAUAUAUUUAUUAUAUUUGAUUUAUUUAUAUUUAAAAAUUUCUCACAAAAAUUUCAAUUAAAUUUAAAUAUCUUCUUUAUUAAGAAUUGGUCAACAUUUCAUUUGAUCAAAAAUGUCUUAGAUUUUUAUAAAGAUGUAGUAUAGCUCAAAUAGCAUUUUUCUAAGGGUUUCAAUAUGUAUACUUUUUUGCAUAUAUAUAUAUAUAACAAAAUGUUUUGUAAGAUGUGAUAUACUAAAACAUAUGAGAAAUUCUUGAAUUAAAACAAGUUAUUCCUUAUAUUUUUUGUGAUCAUUAUUUAUCAGCUUUGUAAAAUAUAAUAAUAUUCUCAAAAAUAAUUUUAUAUUUCAAAUUAUCUUUUAUAUAUAUAUUAUAUAUAAAUUUAAAAGUUGUUAAUUAAUGGUCACAUAAUAUUAUUAAGAACUCUCUUAUUCUUAAUUUAAGAAUUUUUAAUAUUUUAUAUAGCGCAUAUUUUAUAAAACAUUCUGUACUUGUAUAUAUGCAUAUAUGUACAUUUCUAUAUACAUACACAUUCUUCUAUAUACAUAUCCAUUUAAAUUUACAUUUCCUUUAUCCUUAUAAAUCCUUCAUUAAUAACUGUCAUUACAUAUUCACAUUAUAUUAACUAUUACAUUCAAUAAAGUUUUUUGUAUAUCAA